CUCAGCCAGCUAGAGAAGGGCCGGGAUGUCUGGUUCGGGCUCGGGCUCCGGCGUGUGGGUGUUCAAGAACGGCGUGAUGCAGCUGCAGCCGGAGCAGCUGGCGGCGGGCCGGAAGGCGCUGCUCUACGUGCCCACCGGCGAGAGGAUGACCACGCUGGAGCUGCUGGAGCGGCGCCUCGGCGCGCACGGCUGGGAGCGCUACUACGAGAACCGCGACAUCGUGCAGCUCCACCGCCGCGACGGCGGCAUCGACCUCAUCUCGCUCCCGCGGGACUUCACCAAGUUCCGCUCCACCCACAUGUACGACGUUGUCCUCAAGAACCGCGACAGCUUCAAGGUCGUCGACGUCCCAAGUUAACUGACCUACUCCACUCCGUCAUCAACGUCGCCUUUGAUCUUUUAUCCGACUACUAUGUGUGUGCUAUACUCCCCCUAAGUGCUUUUGCAUUUGCUUAAGGCGUGAAAUCAGGGCGGAACGCAUCAAGGCAUGCAUGCAUGCAUUGCGUGUGCACCGUAGUAAAUUGUAAUCGUACGUGUGUGUAUGGUUUGUGUGGGCCUGAAGUGUGACAGCCUUUGUUAGCUAGCUGUUGCACAUUUGCUGGUCAUAUUCACACAGCCAUAUACUAAAAUCCAUCCGGUUUUACUUGUACCCUCAUUUUAAACUAUAUUUUGACCA